AUGGGUAGACCUAGCAAACACGCUGCUCAUAUGAGACAGCACCGUUUAAAUGAGACAAACGAAGAAAGGGAGAAACGUCUAUCUCAAAAGAGGAAAUCUACCUCAAUUGACAUUUCAAAAGAGACUUGUGAAGAGCGCAAAAAUAGGCUUUCAAUAAUGCGGGCUUACAUGAAAAAAGUUUUGUACAGGGAAAAUAUCGAAAAACGUACUCUCCGUCUCGGCCUGAUCCACGAUCGCCUAUCGAAUGAGACGGAAGAACAACGUGCCCACCGCCUCGGCGUGAUCCACAAUCGUCUAUUGAAUGAGACGCAAGAGCAACGUGCCCACCGCCUUGGCAUGAUCCACGAUCGUCUAUCAAAUGAGACGCAAGAGCAACGUGCUCACCGCCUUAGCAUGAUCCACGAUCGUCUAUCGAACGAGACGCAAGAGCAACGUGCCCACCGCCUUGGCAUGAUCCACGAUCGUCUAUCGAAUGAGACGCACGAGCAACGUGCUCACCGCCCUAGCAUGAUCCACGAUCGUCUAUCGAACGAGACGGAAGAGCAACGUGCUCACCGCCUCGGUGUGAUCCACGAUCGUCUAUCGAACGAGACGGAAGAGCAACGUGCUCACCGCCUCGGUGUGAUCCACGAUCGUCUGUCGAACGAGACGGAAGAGCAACGUGCUCACCGCCUCGGUGUGAUCCACGAUCGUCUAUCGAAUGAGACGGAAGCGCAACGUGCCCACCGCCUCGGCGUCAUCCACGAUCGUCUAUCGAACGAGACAGAAGAGCAACGUGCUCACCGCCUCGGUGUGAUCCACGAUCGUCUAUCGAAUGAGACGGAAGAGCAACGUGCCCACCGACUCGGAUUGAUUCGCGAUCGCUUAUCAAACGAAACACCUGAAACUCGUUCAGAUCGACUUAGUAGAAUGCAACAAGCUAAUCAAGCUUGUAGGGACAUCACAAAUGAACAAUCUUUUGAAGCGGCUAUUAAUAUUUUUGCUGAUGUACCAUGCGCCGUUUGUAAAAGAAGCCUUUAUCCUCAACAGCGUUCCAAUUUACGAGCAAAUAUGUAUAGUAUACUAUUACCUGAAGAACUGGUUGCUUUAGGUACAAUAACUACGUGCUCUCGAUGUAGCCAUAAUAUUAGGAAAAGCAAAAUUCCAACAACUGCAUAUUGGAAUAAAAUGAUGCCCGCAGAAGUACCGCCUGAAUUAGUCAAUUUGACGAGCGUUGAAGAACGAUUUUUAAGCCGCAUCGUACCGUUUUUAAAGAUUGUAAAACUUAAUAACCGGUUCAGUCAAAAUUGGUGUAAAGGGCAGGUCGUUCUAUUUGCAAAGGAUGUUGUGGAAAUUGCUGAACAGUUACCACUGACACCAAAUCAAGCUGGUUUAGUUUUGGUAGUGGAAAGUCUCGAGAACCUUUCAUGUUCUAAAGAAUUCGUCGUGGAUAUGCAAAGACUGAAUCGAGCAUUAACUUGGUUAAUUUCCAAUAACCAUCUUUACAGCGAUGUUCAGGUACAUUUUGAAACUACUUUAAAUAUUCCUCAUAUAUUACAAAUAGCUGAAAAUUCUAUUCCUGAACAGGAUGGCGUUGCUUCUGAAACUUUAUCACAACAUUAUAUCACUUUAAAUGACAACAAGGCAAUAUUACGCGGAUCAUUUAAUCAAGGUGAUUUACGAUUUAAUUUAUCUCAGGGUAAGCAAUGUACUGGGAUAGCGGCUGUUGCUUGUGCAGCAUUUAUUGUAUUAGAUCCAAACAAGUGGGCCAAAAGUGAUAUUGAUUACAUUGUAAUUAUUGGCGAUAAAUACUAUAAUGACUGCAUCGCUGCUAGAGAUAAUCCUGCGCCCGGCGAAGUAAAUCCUGAGUACCUUGCUGUUUCAGAUCUUAGUCCAAGACUUAUAUAUAAUAGACAAAAUUUAGUGAUCACAGUACUUGAGGAAACCAAUCAUAAUGGCCACAUAGACAAUGAUAAUACUUCCGAUGGAUUUCCUAAUUUAAAAAAUGCAUUAUUAAGUUUUUUCAGAGAACACUCCAAUGGGAUACUUACAGCAAACGCCAUAUCGAUAGCAGUGCAUUGCAGAACUUUAGGUGACAAUCAAACUUACUUUUUGUUUGAUUCCCAUGCAAGGGGUCCCAAGGGGGCUUCCGCUCCCAUAAAUGGUACCGCUUGUUGCAUGCGAUUUAGUGAACUGGAUGAUUUGCAUGCUAUUUUACGUCGCAAUUUAUUUGUGUCGCCAAAAAAAGUGCCAGAAGGAAACUUUCGAGAUAAUCUUAAUGUAUUCUCGUUAACAUCAUUAGUUAUAGCUCGAGACUCCCAAAGACAAACAAUUACGCCAAUAUUGGAACAAUCGUCAAGGUUAGAGAGUCCAACAUUUACACCAAACGAUUCCCUCCAACCGAUAAUACAAACAGCUCGAGACUCCCAAAUACAAACGAUUACGCCAAUAUUGGAACAUUCGUCAAGGUUAGAGAGUCCAACAUUUACACCAAACUAUUCCCUCCAACCAAUAAUACAAACAAGUAAUACCCUCCAAACAACAACACAAGUCAUUCAGUCUAUCCAAAAAACAGUUCCGGUAAAAUCAACCCAUUUUCAGUUGCCAUUACCAGUCCAUAACUCCUUAAGCACCAUUUAUAUCGAAUCAACAGGUAUGCUCCAAAAUAUAGACGAUAACGUACCUAAUUUAGAAAUUGUUGUUAAUAUGAAUAGCUCUUCAACCGAUGAUACAAUGAGAUUGGCCGCAAUCACAAGGAAAACUGCACCUCCCUUGAAUUUGGAACGUGAACGCCGUAUGGAGGAAUUAUCUUGGUAUUUUCUUUUUCCAAAUGGCAGGAAUGGCUUUGGCGAGGAAAGAGAAAAUGCGUGUACCCCCCUUGAUUACUUUCAAAACCGGGUAAUGAGUAUUGACAAGAGGUUCAACAGAAAUGAUUAUUUAUUUUAUGCUCUAUCCAUUGUUGAAUAUUUUCGUGCAAAAUCAAGCGUAUCUGUGUCAUGUAGGAUGCGACAAGGUCAUGGAGAGCAAACACCACAGGGACUUGUAGAUAAUAUGCAUCUCACUAUGAGAAAUAUUCGAGGAUCGGCAUCAUAUUGGCAGAAAUGUUGCUCUGAAUUGAUUGCCAUGGUUAGAACUUUAGGGCCUCCCACAUGGUUUUUAACAUUUUCCUGCAAUGAUUUAAAUUGGCCAGACAUGAUAAAAGCCUUGCUUAUCGCUGAUGGACGUGAUAUCGAUGACGUCGAUCGCCUGUCAUUCCCGGAGCGCUUGAACCUAGUGCAAAAACAUCCGGUAGUAUUAGCACGACAGUUCACAGUACGUGUUAACGCUCUCAUGCGAUUCUUAAAGAGAAAUAAAGAUUGCUUGGGUGGUCUUAUUGAAGAUUUUUGGUACCGAGUGGAGUUUCAAAACCGCGGUAGCCCACAUCUGCAUAUGUUAGUCUGGUGUAGUAAUGUUCCGAAUUUCACCACUCCAGAAGGAGUUGCUGUAAUUGAAAGGGUGGUUUCAUGUUCAUUAACUCCUAAUGACCUUGUGUUGCGCAAAUUAGUUGAGGAUUUACAGAUUCAUAAACACACUGCGACAUGCAAAAAAAAUCGCUAA